CCAAGUUCCUACCCUGCCGCAAAAAGUUCGAGAUCGAGUGGCGUAGAGAGAGAGGGAGUGAGAGGGGCUGCCAGGGGUCUCGAUGGCGGAAGCGCCUCAGUUCAUGGAAGCAGACAACGCGGAAGCAAUCAUCAUGAGAAUCGAAAACAAGUCGCGCCAAAUCGAACGUCUGCUCAGAUCAUCGAAGCCCGUGGAGGCACUGAAAACUGCUCUGGAAGGAUCCCCACCUAAAACCUUGGACGAGAGAUGUAAGUCUGCAAACUGGAUAGUGGUGCACCGGGCUAUGAUGGCCAUCAAAGAUGUGGAUGCAUUAUUCUCCUCUUUAGACGUAGAAUACUAUGACAUCCUAAUGAAGUACCUAUAUAGAGGCUUGGCUACUGGGGACCGACCUACUUGUGACCAGUGUCUCCGGAUUCACGAAAGGUUGACUGAGAAGGCAGGUUUAGGGUGCAUCCUACGUGCACUUUCAGACACCACAAAUACUGUCUGAAUCUACCCAUUUGGAAGGAGAUACAUGGCUAAACCACACAGACAAUCUGCUGAAAUCACAGAUUCGAUCUGUCGGAGGAGAGAAAGAGAUUCAGUAUUUUUCUACAGUAGUGCCAGCAAAUGCCAUCUUGCUUGUCUAUUGCGUGUAAUUUAGCUAUAAUCAGCAUAUAAAACUUUGAAUCCAGUUUUGCACCUGUUUGACUGUCUGGAGACACAAAAAUGAUAAUGGAUUGUUCUUGGAAUCCUGUAUAUGAGUUAUGGCUGCUGAUUUUUUUUCCCUUUUUUCCAAUUUGCAAGGGUGAUGGAAAGAACUAAACUUGUUGGGGGCAUCAUGUUUCCCUAUUCCAGAGGUUGAUAUUUUUCGUACUCUGUUCUGUUUAUCCUUUUAUUUAGAAUCCUUGGUGCCCUCUUUUUUGAA